GGGCGAGAGACAUACUGCUCUUCUUGCUAGACGUGUCUAUCACUACGACGUGUAUAACUUCUUGUCAUAUUCCAGAGCCGAUUAUCAAGCAUAUGACCGCUCUGUUUCUGGCAUAUCAAGCUAUUGUGCUUCAGACCUGUCAGAUUGCUGUUGGUAACUGUUGGUUUCUUCUCCACUUGCAUUUCUUAUAUCUUCUUGCAUUUCCCCGAGGCACCAUACGAAAGCUGCAUUUACUUGCUCAUCAUUAUCCUGUUGUUACUCUCUGAGCACUUCGUGCGACUUUGUCUUCAGAAUGUUUGAGACUAGUUCCCUCAUUCUCACGAUAUUCUUGUCCAUACUGUUGUAUGUUGCGAUAAAUCGAGCCAACAAAUUCAAGACAUUGAACCGUCAGCAUGGUUGCGAGCACCCCGUUACUUACCCCCACAUCGACCCGUUCUUUGGACUUGACCUGAAGCUACAAGAAAUUAGACAGUCUUUGAAAUAUCAAGGCAUUCCUUUUAUGUCAAACCUUCAUACAAGAUUCGGUAAAACCAUCUGGUUGAACAACUUGGGUGCUUCGGACAUAAGGACCAUUGAUUCGGAAAAUCUUCAAAAUGCUUGGUCUACCAACAAUUCUGACUGGGGUUACCAGCCUCAUAGGCUUCCCGUGAUGGGGCCUUUUUGUGGACGUGGAUUUAUCACUACCGAUAAUGAGGAAUGGCAAAAGGCUAGAGCUCUUCUUCGACCUACGUUCAGCAAAGCGAAUAUAUCAGAUUUAAACCCACUCAUAGCGUCAACUAAGGGUUUUUUUCAAGGUAUUCCACAAGAUGGUAACACAACAGUCAAUCUACAAUCUCCCUUGGCAAGUCUCUUCGUUGGCAUUUCCAUGAAGUUUAUUUUAGGAGUUGCUCCCAGACCUGGCGCCGAUGGAAGAUCGGAUGAGGUAGCUGCCUUUCUGAAAGCCUUCCAAAGAUCUUUCAUUGGUAUGGGACUCUCAUUUAUGCUAGGUCCCCUGCAAUUCCUCAUUCCAAAGUCAAUGAAAUACGAGGCGUAUAAGGAAGUUCAAUCAUAUCUUGACUCGCUCAUCGAAACGGAGAUAAGCGCAGAAAAUCAAUCGCCCAGCUCCCAUUUCAAUGUAUCAAAUUCAAGAAGCCUUCUUCACGGUCUAAUCAAAGAAACUAAUGAUCGCGUUGAAAUUCGCGACAAUGCUUUACAAGGAAUGAUGGCUGCCCAGGACACAACUCCCGUUCUCCUCAGCAACACACUAUUUCUUCUCUCGCGUAACUCGAAGGUAUACGAUAGAUUACGGAGUGAAGUCCAGUCAUUGGAUCUAGAAGAAUCGCAGCAUCUGUACGAUAAGUUACGCAGUUUGAGCUUUCUUCGCAAUAUCAUUAAUGAAUCCCUUCGCCUCUUUCCAAUCUUCCCAGCCCUUGCUCGUAUCUCAUUGAAAGAUACAACCCUACCAAAAGGAGGAGGUAAAGAUGGCAACUCCCCGAUCUACGUACCUAGAGGCACAAAGCUUUGGGCAAAUUUCUAUGGGUUACAUCGUAUUGAGUCCGUGUUUGGUCCUGAUGUUGAAUCGUUCGAUCCAGAUAGAUGGUAUUCUAUCAAACCUAGCCCUUGGGAGUACAUGCCUUUCGGAGGAGGGCCACGUGCUUGUGUGGGCCAGAACAAGGCAUUGGUAGAGGCGUCAUAUGUGCUAGCAAAGUUUGCGCAGCUUUACAAGAGAAUAGAAAGUCGAGAUGCAAGAGAUUGGGCGGGUCAGCAGAAGUUGACAGCAAGUAAUGCGAAUGGGUGUAAGGUUGUGUGUGUACCAGCAUGACAGUAUGUUCUCUUUAGGAUUGGGUGGAUUUUAUGGAAGCUCAUUCAGACGUUUCGUCUUAGGGUUUGGCGCGGAGUGCUUGUGAUUGGAAUGUAAAGCUCCCCCCAAAAACGUCAAGAUAUCUUGCCGCAUAUUUGAAUGAUAACGUUGCACUUUAUUGA